AUGCCGCCCCAAAAGCGGCAAAGCGGCAAGGGGAAAGUCAAAGCAGCGGCUUCCCACACACCCUUGCUAGAUCAAGAGAAUGCGGAAGCCAUUGCUCCAAACGGAGCUGCCUACAAUGUGGAGCUGCUCCAGUCGGCCCAAGAAGCCUUGGCUGCUCUCAAGGAUGUUUGGCCAGGUCUUCCUGAAGAAGCUGCCUUGGGUAUCGGAGAUGGAGGGAAUCAGCAGACUUCUAGCUACCGAUGCGCACAGAACCUCUUGAAGUGUGACAUCUUCUUCAAUGCAGAUCCUUCGGUGCCCCUUCGCCAGAAAUCUAUCAACGAGAUUGGUGAGAGGAGCAUCUACCGUGAUAUUGAUGAUGAGGUAAAGCUGGAUCAAUGGAAGCGCUACUUUCUGAGUGUCAACUGUGAGUAUGUGAUUGCGAGUUCGGAUGAUGAAAUCUAUUUCCUGAGUGCCAAUGGCCGGCAAAGCUUGAAGGCUGAUCAGGAGACCAUGACUCACACAUGCCUUCAGAAGAUCUUCAGUGUUCUGAACUACAAAGCCCGGCUUGAGAAAAUCACGGGCCCGUUGAGCGUCUUGGUGACGGACGCGUUUGUGGACACUUGCAUCACCCUGUCGCGGAGGGUGCUAUCUGUACCCUCCCUUCUCAACCUUCUUCUUGCUGCUGACGAGGAGGGCCUCAAGGAUGCGUUGAAUGGGAAAGGUGCCGUUGAUGUCUUCGUUGGCCAAAUGGAAUUCAAAGAUCUCUUGUUCAACAAGCUUGUCCCGACCUACAACUGGGAUGAGAAGAUCACGACACUGAUGCGAGAUACGGUCAACUUGCACACAACGUAUCGUGAAUCGGCCGAACUCUUCUGGUCGUUUGUGGAGGACGUAUCUAUGAAUGAUGGGGUUGCUGAUUGGAUGGACAAUACCGAAAUCAUGGCCCGGUUGGAUGCGGUCAAGAAGCAACAUACUGCUGAAGUCAAAGCGUCAAAGAACAAUGACCAGGAGGAAACCGGAGAGGACGACCUGCCAAUCGAGGAUGAUGAUCAAGGGGCCAGGGGUGAGAAUGAGGAAGACGUACUGCCCCAGAUCACCACUCAAAGACCCAAAAGAGGUGGUGGGAAGGAAGCAGUUCAGAAGUUCAAGAAGAAGGCAAGCCAGACAGUGCGAACACAUGUCCGCCUGGUGGUAGAAGAGGACAAUAUGUCAAACAUGACCAAAGCCUUCCAGGGAACAGCCUUUGUAGAUUGGAAGGCUGAGGAUACCAAGACCGUCGGAGAAGCCCAAACACAACCAACACUUCGCCUUCCGCCGUUGCGAGAAGGGCGCCACGCCAAGCUGCUUGGAUCGGCCAUAGGACUGCAAGCCCCCAUCCUGUCCGCCAUCAAGCCCCCGUCCUCGGAGCCGAUGUCGAAGGUCAAACUGGUGAAAUACCUCAUGUGGGAUGAGAAGAGCAUCAGAGAGAGGAAACACCGAGACCGAGGCAGUGCAAUCAACCAGAUGGAGCGAAUGAUCAUCGUUACAUCGGAGGAGAUGGGUUGGAGCUUUCACAACAGAGACAAAGAUGAAACGUGGCGCUUGUCGUUGGCCAACAAGAAGCUUCUCUUCGCUGCAAAUCGGAUCGCUGUCGGGAACAAGCCUGAUGUUCAGGGAACCGACAAACAAGGCCGUCGUCGUGAUGCAGAUGAAGAACCAGUCAAUGAGAUCUUUGAAGAGCUGAACAUUGGCUACAUGCUUGACCUGUCAUGUUGUGAUGGAAAAACCGCAUUCGCUGCAAUUUGCCGGAGAUGCCCAUACAUCGGGUUGGUCUUCACACCGGACCAUGCAACUCUGCUGAUGAAGCGUCUGGAAGCGAUGGUUUUCCAGGCAAUGCAGACCUCUUCCUCGCCGCUGUUUGAGCCUGCGCUGGCUCAGCUGCUGGCAGGGAGUUCCAAGAAGGAGGAGGAAGACGAAGAUGACGGUGAAGACCAAGAGGAAGCAGAGGAGGAAGGCAGUGAGGAUGAGGGUGAGGACGAAGAUGAUGCCUCCAUGGAAGGUGAAGAUGAGGGCCCGGAGGAGGAGGAGGAUGAAGGGGAGCAGGAUGAGGAUGAUGAAGGUGAGCCCAACAAAGGUUCAAUGCGUAAGGCAACGGAAAAGGCCAAGCCGAAGGCAAAGGCGAAAGGAGGUGCGAAGGCAAAAGCCAAACCUAAGGCAAAGGCAAAGGCAAAGGGAAAGGCAUCUGCAAAGAAGAAGGCGGCUGCCAAAGGCAGACCAAAGGCUGGUUCAAAGAAGGCUUCUGAUGUCUUGGCAAAGCUGAGGGAUUUGCAGUCGCUUGCGGGGGUGAAAGGAAAACUUUACUAUGUCUCUGAGAAGGACCCGAAACUGUUGAAGAGGCUGAAGAAAGUCUACAAGCCCGCGUUGGUGAGUGAUGAUGCAACAAAACCAAAGAGUAUCGAGAAAUUGAUAGAUAUCUUUGGAAGCGGUGCUCCAUGUCAGCCGUUUUCGAAAAUCGGCCAGCAGUUGGGGUCGAAGGUCUUGGAUGCCCAGGACUAUGGACUGCCACAGCGCCGCCGGCGCCUCUGGAUAGUUGGAGUGAACACCAAUGCAGCGAAAGGAAAAUUUACUUGGCCCAAGCCUAUCCGGAAGAAAGUCAAGCUGAGUGAGGUGCUGGGAAGGAAAAGCAAAGAUAUGCAAUUUCCAUCUUCGAGUGGUGGUAGGAAAAGGUUGCGAGAGGGCCUGCGGACUCUGGUUCGAAACAACGAAGAUGCUGAAGCAUGCUGGGUGAUUGACCGCGCUGCCAGCAGGAAGUUUGCUGGAAAACCGAGCUUUGAAGUGAGCCCAACCCUGACCCGUGCUCGUGGUGGUGCGGAAUCCUUUUGGGUGACCAGCCACAAUCGCUUCAUGACCCUUGAGGAGAAAGCUCUGGUGCAGGGAUGGAAGCCAAUGAGCCUCAAGCCCGAUGAUCUUUCAGCAAGGGAGCUGGGGAUGGCUCUAGGAAAUGCUUGGCCACUUUCUGUAUCAGCAAAGCUGAUUGAACAGCUGAACAAAUGUAUGGGCUGGCAGCCGAAGGACUGA